ACAGCCCGGUGGGGAUUUAAAUGUCUGGCUGGCUCUGAGCUUCAAUCAGUUCGAGCAGCAGCAUAGGUGAGCUGCCUGAGAACCUCUCCUUUGGCCCCCUCUGAAUCCAGGAAGGAUUCAGUGCAGUAAGAGACUUUUCCAGCCCAGCAAGGAGCCCAGGAUGUUCCUGAAGGCUGUGGUCCUGAGCCUGGCCCUGGUGGCUGUCACCGGUGCCCAGGAGGAGGUCAGUGCUGACCAGGUGGCCACUGUGAUUUGGGACUACUUCAGCCAGCUGAGCAACAAUGCCAAGAAGGCUGUGGAACAUCUCCAGAAGUCUGAGCUCACCCAGCAGCUCAACACCCUCUUCCAAGACAAACUUGGGGAAGUGAACACCUACACGGAUGACCUGCAGAAGAAGCUGGUGCCCUUUGCCACGGAGCUGCACGAACGCCUGACCAAGGACUCAGAGAAGCUGAAGGAGGAGAUUCGGAAGGAGCUGGAGGAGCUGCGGGCCCGGCUGCUGCCCCACGCCAGCGAGGUGAGCCAGAAGAUUGGAGACAACAUGCGCAAUUUGCAGCAGCGCCUGGGGCCCUACGCGGAGGAGCUGCGCACCCAGGUCAACGCCCAGGCCCAGCAGCUGCAGCGCCAGCUGACGCCCUACACCGAGCGCAUGGAGGCGGUUCUGAGGCAGAACAUGGACAACCUGCAGGCCUCGCUGGCGCCCUACGCCGACGAGCUCAAGGCCAAGAUCGACCAGAACGUGGAGGAGCUCAAGGCGCGCCUCACGCCCUACGCCGACGAGCUCAAGGCCAAGAUCGACCAACGGAGGAGCUGCCGCCGCCUGGCCCCCUACGCGCAGGACGUCCAGGGGAAGCUCAGCCACCAGCUCGAGGGCCUGGCCUUCCAGAUGAAGAAGCACGCCGAGGAGCUGAAGGCCAAGAUCUCGGCCCGCGCGGAGGAGCUGCGGCAGAAGCUGGCGCCCCUGACCGAGAGCGUGCGCGGCAACCUGAAGGGCAACGCCGCGGAGCUGCAGAGGUCGCUGGCCGAGCUGAGCAGCCACCUGGACCAGCAGGUGGAGAAGUUCCGCCACACCGUGGGGCCCUACGGCGAGACCUUCAACAAAGCUAUGGUGCAGCAAGUGGAGGAGCUCAGGCAGAAGCUGGGCCCCCUGGCGGGGGACGUGGAAGACCACCUGAGCUUCCUGGAGAAGGACCUGAGGGACAAAGUCAACACCUUCUUCAACACCCUCAAGGAGGAAGAGAGCCAGGCCCACGCCCUCACCGCCCAGGAGCAGAUGCUGGCCCCUUUGGCGGGCUGAGCUGCCCCCGGUGCUCCUGCCCCACCACUGACACCUGCCCUGCCCUGCCCCCUGUCUGUCUGUCUGUCCCAAAGCAUUUCUUGUAUAAACCCGUGGAUACCUGUCCAGUGCAAAGUGACACUGCCUCUUGCUACUCAAUAAAGCUGCAGAGAAGCUAGCCCA